AUGUGUGUUGUGUUGUCUCUGAAGGCUGAUAUUACCUUGUUACAGAAGGAGGUGUUGGCAGUGAGUGACAGACAGGAGGGUCUUCAGUCGUCUGUAACGAGGUUGUUGGAUGACCGGCGACUGUUAGUGUCUGAUCUCAUCCAGGCUGGAGUGCUGUCACACCAUACAAGGUCGAGGCUCGAGAUCCGUGGCAGCGGAGCACCAGAGGGCGGCGGAGGGGUGCCGUCUGGACGAACCGGUUCUGGGAGCCACAGUAACGACUCUGGGGUGGCGCUGUUACUAGAGCGGGCCCACCAGGCCUUCACCACCACCGACCACACCCCGUCACCCACACCUACCAAUCAGAGAGCUUCCGAUCAGGACUCACUACCAGAACAACCAUCACUGCUGGUACCACCUUCAGUCUAUGACUACGUGGCUGGUCUUAGGUCUCAUACCCAUCCUUCAAACGGUCUCAGUGUCCAGCUUCAUCAUGGCCAGACUCAUGUUAUACAGGGUGAGAACAGCAGUGGUGGUGCUGGUGGUGAUGACCUGGGGUUAGUCUAUGACUCUGAUUCCUCACUCACCAUCGCUGCUAACAAGAGCAUCAGCCUAACCACCUCACUGAGCCAGCAGUGCGGCCUGGAGCUGCGCACUGCACACGACGCACCGCCACCCCACCACCACCGCAGUCACCACCACCGCCAUGCCAGACAGUCACCACACCAGCGAGGUCACACAAGGUCUGAUUCUGAAGCUUCUGAUAGAUCCCAGGAUGCUCAGCACUGCCGGAAACCAUCCUCUCAUGAACACGGACGAGAGGGGAACGACUCAUACCAAGGAAGACUGACCCGGGACCCACUGGGGACUGAUCCCCGUGAGUCUCAGCGCUACCGUGUAGCUCGGGAACUGUUGGACACUGAAAAGAAGUACUGCAAGACCCUCUGGACCAUUCAAGACACUUUUGCCGACCCUCUGAAGAAAGCUGGCAUCCUGUCCCAUAAGGAUAUCACGACACUGUUCCCAGAGGAGGUGUACCAGCUGUAUGACAAGCACUGCCUGCUGCAGCACCAGCUGCGGGAGAGACUGGCAUCAUGGAAGUGGCAGCCACUGGUCGGUGACAUUGUCUCCAGGUUUACAGACCCACGACACACUGAUGUACUGCGUCUGUACACGGCCUACGUCAACGAUUUUCCUGAGGUGCUCAAAACCUUCCACAAACUGUGCCGUACCUCUCAGCCCUUCACCAAGUUCAUUAAGGGGUGUUUAGAGCAGCCAGCAUGUGGUGGACUGGACCUUGGAGCCUUCCUGCUGACCCCAGUACAACGUGUACCUCGGUACAUCUUAUUGAUGAAACAGUUAUUGAAAUAUACUGAGCCCCAACACCCAGACUACCAACACUUACACUGCUGCCUAGAUCGCCUCAGGGAUUUUCUAGCCCGCCUGAACGACUCGAUGGAACAUUCAUUCCAGCUGGUGCAUGCCCAGCUGUCUCCCCAUGGUGCAGCUCCUGGACCUUCGCACCACCACCCACAGCCCCACCAACCACCACCGCCCACACAUCACAGGGCCGGACGGUCACCCCGACGAUCUAGCUCAUCCAUAGGCAGCCCACCUAUAAGCCCUAGCAGCCCUACCUAUAGCCCUGAAAGAAUGAGCCUAGUCUGUAGCCCUGAACGAGCACAGCGCUCAGCCAGCUGUGCUCAAACCAUUACUAGCCCACAGCGGUCACACAGUAGUGCCACACAGCCUUCAUGUCAUCCCAGAUCAGUGUUCCUAGAUGGUCGGUCAUCAUCACUGCCUCGAGGGUCAGCCAGUUCCAGCAGCGGAUCACAGGAGAGUGCCUCCUCACCUCCCUCCAACGACCUGCCUCGUGCCAGGUCACGCAGUGAGAGCGUGGCAUCGCGACGCCCACUGUCGCACAUCCACCACACAUCCCAGUCACUAGUUGCAUCAGACGCUCCUCGAUCGAUGGCUUCCGCUCACUCUGUGGUGGAUGUCACGGUGCACAGCAGUCCCAGUCGUGAGUCAGGCCGCUGGGACGACCUUGCUGCUAGCGAACCCACCCUUAAUGAGCCUCGUCCAGCUCACAUCACAAAUGAUGCCAACAGACCACUGACAACCCAUACGCUGGCCUCUGCUCACAGUGUUCAUAAUGUGGACGGUGGGCAGAAAAAACUUCAACCGUCAACCUGGACCGAGGCUCCACAUUCCAACGACCACCGCAGCGGUGGUAAGAAGAAAUCUUCCAUCCGCACCUCAAUUAAGAAUAUGUUUACAUUCAAGAAAAGGUAUGUUUAUGCAUGUGAUUCACUACACCUACCCACACUGCUGUACUCCCAGGGUGACUUAAAAAGAAAAGCUUUUCUUUUUCUUUUUGGGUCACCUUGCCUCAGUGGGAUAUGGCCAGUGUGUUGAAAUAAAUAAAUAAAUAAAUAAAUAAAUAUAUGCCGGGAACAAUGGGCUAGUAACCCCUUUUCCUGUAAAGAUUACUAAAAAGAAUAAGAAGAAGAAAAUUGUCAAAGUGGGAAGUCUGAAUGUGUGUGGAUGUUGUGCAGAUGAUAAGAAAGAGAUGAUUGUGGAUGUUAUGAAUGAGAAGAAACUGGAUGUCCUGGCUUUAAGUGAAACGAAGCUGAAGGGGGUGGGAGAGUUUCAAUGGAGAGGAAUAAAUGGGA